AUGGUCUAUCUAUCGCAGGCUUCGAUCAACGUGAUCUUUAGUAUUUUACAAGAGUUCGCUUUACAGCAAGUCGAAUGUAAUGCCAAUUGUGCUGUCCAUUUCACGUUGUUUGGUGAGUUUUUUAAUUUUUCGAUAUAAAAAUUGAUUUUCUGUUUUUUCUUUUUAAAUAUUUUUAAAAUUUCAGAAAGUACAAGCUCUAAUAAGAAAGUUACGCUGCACCAAACUGACUACUACGUCCCUAAACUCAACAACGAACUUCCACCAUCAUUGAGAACAACAUCGACGGGUGUUCAGUGUUCUAUUGACGUGAAUAUUAACACAGUAUUGCGAGGUCACAGUUAUCAUGAUUACGGGUUUCUCUACAUUAUGUUGCAGCUUGGGUAGGUCUACUUUUAUUAGAGAGGCUGGCUCAUAAAUACUUCUUUCAGCCAGUUUUGUAAUUCGAAGUUGCCAUGGCCGAACAUGGGGGAUAACACAUCAAUGAUAAGACCGGAAGUGCUGGAAGAGUGAGUUUUUUUAUCGUUUUUACUCAAAAACUGAAAUUCUGAAAAAUGAAAAAAAAAUUGAAAUUUUGAAAUUUUUUUUGAAUUUUUGUCGUUUUUAACUUUUAAAUUACAGUGAAUUUGCCAACAAGACAUUUUUCACGGAUGGAGUGUCAUCCAUGUUUAUAACGCGUUUUUGGAAUCAUCUCCACGUAUCAAUGUUACCAUCGGACCAUAAAAACUGGUAUACGGUUCCACUUCGUUUGACCAUCAACUUUUUCGACCAGUGCAGUGGGUUCUAUCGUUGGUACGACCCUGUAGAGACUGUGGUGGGUAUAAUAUAGCUUUUUACGGUGUUUGGCAGGCUGAAAUAUGACCUUUUACGGGGUUUGACAGGGCAUUUUGGUUUGAAAGAAGGGCGGAGGUUAGAAAAAGGAGAUUUAGAGGCAGGGAAGGAUAAAAAAAGGUGGGGUAUGGUAGGGUUGAAAACUACUGGAAAGUGAUUUUGGAUCUGUAAAAUGUCAUCGGUAAUCUGAUUAAGUAAAUUUUUUUUGAAUAUAAACUUUUUUUAGAUAACAUCACAGUAUACGCAUGACUUUUUCAAUAAAACUGAUGAGAAGUUUGCUUUAUGUUUCCAAACAAUGGAUGGUACUAACUAUACCCAGGGUUUUGAUUUGGUUAGUUUGUUUUGUUUGAAUUUUUUUUAUUUUUUGAGAUUUAAAUUUCAUUUUAAAAUUUUUUUUUGAACUUUUGUUUCCAGCUACAAAAUACGUUUAAAAUCAUGAUUUUCAGGAGGACAUUGAUUUGCUGAUGGAACACAAGUACAAAAGCAACAUUGCAAAUAUUCGUAGUAAGCACCCCGACCUAGCUUUCACUGUAGUCGCACAAUACCAGUACGAUGGUGCUGAUGAUAAGGACGACGAAGAAAUUGUGGAAUUUUGCGAAUAUUUUAUCCUGGAUUAUGAAUACGUGGAGCUGAUGGUUAUUUUUGUGGUGGCCGUGUUGAUAUACCUUACCGGACUAUGUUUAGUUUCAUUCAUGUGUCGACUUACAAUUAACCGAAUGUACCAAAAGUUAAGAGAGAGGAUGAGGCUGGUCGAGAAGGAGACGAUUUUGUAGGUUUUAGGGGAUGAAUUUUGAUGGGAGGCGUUGUUCUUGUGGCUAUUUUAAUCUAAUGCGGUUUAUGGUCAACUUUAUGUCGCAGUUUAUAAUAAUCUUCUUGUUUCUUUCUUAUCUUUAUUCGAAUACUUUUGCCAUUUUCAGAACACGCAAACAAUCGAAAAACGCAAAGUACAGUCGAACCGGUACCACCACCCCCACGGCCAAAGAACCGACCAGUGACAGAGACAACGAAGAUCCAUCUCGAAGAACCAACUACACAUUGGAAUCGAAGUACCAAGACCCAGAGACGGCCUAUUCAAGAGCAACCACCAUGGGAUCAAAUGAAACCAGAACUAGACAGACUAUGAUGGGAUCAAAUGAAACUAGGACCAGACCAACUACAAUGGGCCAGACUACUAUGGGUUAUGAUACGAGACCCACAACUACCGUAGGAUAG